UUUCUCCUUCCAAUCAAUCCAAGCUCUCCACCUUAAGAUCUCCUUUAACACAUUUCGAUCGAGCACCAUCAAUGGCACCUGGAAGGACAGUGAUGGGUCUGGUAGCAAUGCUUCUGGCCAUGCUCUGCGCAGGAGCAGCAGCCCAAUCCUCCAGUUGCACAAGUGUGAUCGUUAGCAUGUCACCUUGCCUCAACUACAUUACUGGAAAUUCAUCCACUCCGUCUUCCUCGUGCUGCUCCCAGCUUGCCACCGUUGUCCAGUCUAUGCCACGGUGCCUCUGCGAGGUCCUCAAUGGUGGUGGUGUGCCAUCUCUGGGGAUUUCCAUCAACCAGACUCGGGCUCUGACUCUGCCCAAUGCUUGCAAUAUCCAAACUCCCCCUGUUAGCCAGUGCAAUGCACUUUCCCCUGCAGCAUCUCCAGCAGGAACACCGGAGACCUCUCCGGCAGGGCCUUCAGGAGCACCAGAUACCGAGACUACACCAGAAGUUCCAGCUGGGGCACCAGAUUCCAAGUCUACACCAGCAGUGCCAAGCGUUCCUGCAGGAGGCGGAUCAAAGACUGUUCCAACGACAGGGGCAAACACAUCUGACGGAAGCUCCAACAAAUUGACCUUCUCUCUCCUCCUCCUCAUCACUGCAUCUUAUGCUUCAUCCUUCAUUGGUUUUUGAUUUCUCCUCAAAUAUGAGGUGCCCAAUAUCGUCACAUUCCUUUUCUCCUUUUCUCUUUGAAUUUGUUGUGUGGCACUGUUAUACAUUUUUGUAGACCAGUCCUGGAUUGUUUGGAUUUUGUAUCAGUGGAAAGAAUCAGUAUUUUGUAUUCUUGGUGGAUUUGCUUUGUGUUAAAUAUAAGAUCUUACAACCUUUCACAAUCUUA